AUGUUCACGAUCUUAUACGCCACUGGAAGUUCAUCUGAAGGUGUCCUUGCAACAGAGCGGUUCACUUUUGAAUCAUCAGAUGAAGGUAUUACAAUUGUAAAUGAUGUGGUGUUUGGGUGCAGUAGGAAAAUUUCUAAUACUAGAAACUUAAUGGGAGUUUUUGGACUUGCCACUCACAGACCUGGAUACUUUAUUGUCAAGAAAAUGGGCAACAAAUUUUCCUAUUGUAUUGGCAACGUUUAUGAUAAAGACUAUAAAUAUAACCAAAUAAGUUUAGGUGAGGGAACAUUUCUUGACGGUGCGGCAACUCCUCUUACUAACUACCGUGGCCUUUACUAUGUUGAUCUUGAAGGCAUUAGUUUAGGAGACAAAAGGCUUGAUAUUGAUCCGAAUCUGUUCAAGAGAUCUACUUCUUAUGGCAAAGAUGGAGUAGCUAUUGACACUGGGGCUCCAUACACUUGGUUAGUCUCAGAGGCAUUUUAUGUUCUUCGUGCUGAAAUUGCGAAAGUCACUGAUGGGUUGGGGUUGACGAGGCAAUAUGAUCCACACGUUUGGGGGUUGUGCUACUCCGGGACUGGGAACAUAGCUAGGGAUCUUCCAGAUUUUCCACUUAUGACAUUUCAUUUGGGUAAUGGCGCUGAUUUGGUUUUAGAUACUACGAGUAUGUUUUAUCAAUUUAGCGCUAGAGUGUUUUGCUUGGCAUUUGGUCCAAGUGGCCAGAAGGGUUAUGACUAUUUCUCGGUUAUAGGAGUACUGGCUCAGCAGAAUCAUAAUAUUGCUUAUGAUCUUAUUGGAAAGAAAUUAUAUAUCCAGAAGAUCGAAUGUAGUCUUCUUGAUGAAGAUUAA